CCUGCUCCUUCCCAAGGGCAUCACCUACAAGGCUAUCCUGCCUCGCUUUACAGACUUCCAGCAAUCAUGGCAACCGACAUGCUCGAACAUCAGCCUGUUCAGGCUGUGGAGGUGAGUCGCGCCCCGUUAUAUCAGCGACGCAGGGCUGAUACGCAGGCACAGGGUCAAAAUUUGGACUCUACACCCGAAAACCCAACUCCUCUGACCAAGUCUGGGGUUGCACAAAUCACAAACGCGGAUCUAGCGGAUGCGCGCUUCAACAAGGGCGACAGAGUGCGCAAGAAGGCAUCAGCGCCUGGUGGUGCUCAAUCCAAGUCCGCCUAUACCAUCUACGCGCGCAGGAGCAGCCCUCAUGGCUGGAUCGAGUAUCAGCUUCAAGACUACUACACGCAAAUAGUGGACGGCAGCUGGACACGCGAAAGGGACCUCAGGGCCGGCGCCUGAACAGUGCUAUAUUGCCUGAGGCUGAGCUCACCGGAAUGUCACCAGGCAGCUGAAUUUGUGACGCGCGCAGCCAAUUGUGAGAGGGGGCGUUGGGGCUGAGUCUUUCCCAUACGACCAUCAUCUUUCUGAUUCCCGUUGCUCAAUACUACUUACACCU